AAACAUUGUUAAUUGGGUUCUCUUAUCAGGACACAGACAAGAGGGGGGAGGGAGGACUGGCAUACUGCCAUAAGCUCUUCCUCACUGCAAACGAUCCAUCCAUUACGAUAAUCCAACGAACCAGCGGCAUGCAGAUGGCCCAUUUUAAGGCAGCUGCUGCCUGCCUAGGCUUAGCCUACAUCCUUACCCUGCUCCAGGUGCAGGCUCAAGAGAAUGCCAUGUUACAGAUUCCUCCAUCGCUGGUGGAGUGCUACAAUACCUCGUACUUUAUGAAUCGCGACAAUCGACUGCCAGCCAAUAUUGAUACAUUGAUCUCGCUGAUCGAGAAGGUGGAGAACAGUUAUGUGGCCAAUGGCAUUCAGGCUGAUAUUAGGACAGUUGCCGUUGCUCUUCUUCAUCGUUUCCGACAGGAUGGCAUCAAGCGGGCACCGGGUAUUUCAGCGAUUGAUGGCGUCAUCCCUUACAGUCCCACUGGCUUCCAAUUCCCCAAAUUCCGACUGUUGUUGUCCCGCCUUAUUCCGGGUAAUGCCAACACCUUUCCCAAUAGUUCGCUGACCCGUGUGGAGCGUUGCUCUCUCCACUUUAUGCUGUCGAGCACCUUCGACACGAGCGUUCGUGGCGAUGAGAAUACCGUGUGCAAUCAACUCUCUCAAUACCGCUCCCAGCGCCUGCCACGAUCUGUCAAGGAAGAGGCGAACAAUUUCAUUGGCGAUGUAGAACUGUUGGAUGUGAAAUCGAAGAGAGGUCGUUCCGGUUCCAACUAUGUGCAAUUCGGUGAAUUGGACUACGAUUCAGAUUGGGCCUAUGCCGGUACGGAGGGAACUAGCCAGUGUCCCGUUGAGGAUGGUCUUAUACGCACUCCCUGGGGCACAGUGGCGGGAGGCACUGUUAUCGCUGGCAUCGCAGCCGGAGUCCAACAGCAAACAGUCCAGGUGAAUACUCUACUGGCCAUGGCAUCGCAACGUGCGGGUCGAGCACGUGGUCGGAGUCAGGCACAGACCACUCUGAGCAUUGACAACAGAUGGGCGGCCACUUUGUCGGGUGAUUUGGCUGAGGUAACUCUAGUGCAGGUUCCCGUGACCAGCAACAAUGCUGCCUCAGUUGGAGCCACCGGUGGAUGGAAUGACACCGUCUUGCCCCACUGGUAUUUCCUAUCGCAGCGCACAAAUUUGGAAGAUACCGAUGCCGAGAUUCGUGGUGGUCUCGAUGGUCUCAUAUUGGCCAAGAAUAUUGCCACUUGGCGUACUCAGGCCUCGACUUUGAAGCUCUCUCAACUGUUGCGCAUGUAUUAUUCCACCAAUGGAGUCCUUAGCUCCGGCAUCAAUGCCUGCAGUCGUCAGAGUCAGUUCACAAAUGUUGCCCCCUCGACGGAACUGCACAAUCAGACCACAGCCUUUGCCAUGAUUCUGGAUCCCGAGAUGCAACUGCGUGUGACCCUUGCACCGGCUGCCAUUCAACAGUUUGCCUACACGGCGACCAAUUCUUUGGUCACCUAUGUGCCCCAAUCGUUAAACGAUGUCUCCUGCACGGCGAGCACAAGUUUAGAUCUAACCGAUGAAAUUACACCCAUGACCAAUCUAUAUGUAUUCCUUGAUACCUCUUGGCAGUAUAGCUCCAUUGUGGAUUAUGUGGCAUACGUAAUCCAACAGUUGAACAUUCAUCCCUAUGCAAGUACAGUGACCAUGCUCUCAGCUUACGAUGGUUCAGUUAUUGUCAACACUACAAACUAUAUUACGGAUUUCUAUCAAAAGUGGAAUGUCACCACUCAAGCCCAAUUCACUCAAGGUUUCAAUCUGCCGGCCAUAUUGCGUACUGUUCAAAAUCUUACCCAGACUCUGAUGAAUGGUGAGGAGACCAAUUCAACCGUGGGUGGCCGUUCCCUUGUAGCUCUGAUCAUACCCAAUCAAUCGACUGUUAACGAUGGCGACUCUAGCUAUGCCACGACUGAAAUUCAAUACAUACAAGAGCAAAUACCCGAUCUGCGUUUCAUCUACUAUGGAGGCGGUAGUAUACAGCGUUUCGCUAGCUUUGUACGUGACUCAACCAAGGAUUUGUUCUCCCUUACGCUGGGCAGCACAGUGGCAACAUCAGCGGGUCCAGUGGCCAAACGGAUUAUUCAAAUACCACGUCGCAUCAUAAAUCCACGCUGUGGUUCAGAUUGGAUUACCUCCACCUGGGGUACAGAUCAACAGGCACAAUAUUUGUCACCCAACAAAGUGAACUUCUACCGAGUGUCGGCAAAUUAUUUCUUUGGAUCUGGCACAGGACGUUAUGUGACCAUUCAGUCACAAAAUGGUGGAUCCUUUACCAUUUGCUCAUCGCGUUCUUAUCAAUGGCCACAGCAGAAUUCCACCACCUCAUCCACAACGACAUCGACCACUACAGAUCAGACUUGCGUGCAAAUAAGUGGCAAUAGCUAUUCCUAUGAUCUGUCCAAUGCUUGCAAUGGCUAUUACACCAUUACCCAGUGUCCGGAUCUAUUUUUGUCGAUUCAGGCUACCACAAAUACAACAUCUUGCACUCAAGAUGAAUGCCAGACACCAGAUCAAUGGCGUUAUAUAUUAUCGGUGGUCAAUAUGGGAUGCUAUAGUGGUGUCUCUGGACUAGCAGCAAGUCUUUUUACCAUUCUAUUGGCACUUUUCCUGCAGCAAACGUUUCAGUGAUUGAGUCAUCAUAUAAAUAUAUAUAUAUAUAUAUAUAUACAUUGUAUUUUGUAGUAUUAGUGAUUCAGUUCAAAGUGUCACUUUCCACCCAAGAAACGCUAACCUCCUACUCCUCCACCCCCUUCCGCCACAUUUGUCGUUGUAAAUUAUUAUUAUAGAAUUUUUCUAUUUAAGUUUUAAGUUCCAGUGAAAUAUAGUCGCGAAUAAAAAGUCCCCCACACUAGAACUAUA